AUGGGGUGUUCUCGGCAGGAAGGCCGGACUCUCCCUCACCGCCUAGUCUUCCAACACGGUGGAUCUUGGGUUCUGUCUGUCUGUCUGUCUCCCCCUCCGAAGCCCUCGGACAAGGCCCUGGAUGCGGGUGUUCUCUUCCUAGAAAUGCCUGAAAUGACAUGGUCUCCUGCGGGCGAGACGACGCCCACGGAUGCGGUGCGGCGGCGUGUGGUACCGUACCCACGGUCGUCGUGAUAUCCGGCGCUAUCCGGCAGCAGAGGAGCCCGCAGGUUUUCCGAACCCGGCCCACCUUGUUCCUCUGGGAGCCAAAGCCCCCCACGUGCCGUGCGCGUGGUCGCAAUACAGCGGUAGUGUCCGGCCUCGGAGAAGGCUGCCUUCCUUCUGCUAUACGUCAGCAUCUAGCAACGCCUUGGUUGGCGAACGGUGGCGGGCGGCGUGCCUAUCAACGUUCCCCGCGGGGCCCGCGGGGAGUGUGGACACACCACGUAGUAAACGCUCAUGCAGACGAGACGGCCGGUUGUAUCAGCGGCGCGCCGGCCGCUAGCAGUAUCGGCGAUUCGAUGCAGGUGCAGGUACUGUGCAGCACGCACUCGAUGGGGAGUGCAUUGGCCGGUAGGUGUCAGGCCGAGAGCCCGAGCCGAGUCAAGAUCAUCUCAGUCACUCACCUAGGUACGGAUACAAGGCGGUCCCUCUGUCCGUCUGUCCGUCUGCCUGCCUGCCUGCCUGCCUGCCUGCCUCCCUGUCGACCCUGGCUGAUGUACAGCUGUACGACGUGGCCCCGUCGGCGGCAACCCUGAUCGCAAAGAUAGGAAACUUUUGCCAAGGAAGCCGUGCGAUACCUACCUGUGCAUGUCGAGAGGAAACCGAUACAUAAAGGGGGAGGCGGUUCACUUUUUUCAUGUCACAUCACCCCUUCUUGGCUUGUGAAUCGUUACGCUGCGCCACGCCCUGAACCAUUGGCUCACCAUUCGGCGGGCUAUGUCAUUCUGGUCUGGGUUGGGGGAGAGCACGGGGGCAAGGGAG